AAAAAGCCCUCAGGACAGAUGUUUGCAAAUCCUCCAUCCCUACUCCCCAGAAGCAUCCACUCAAAAAGGGAUUGUGAUGAACAUGAUGGAGGGGGGUCACCCUAUCUUUUUGCCCUAUAAAAGGACAAAGCUCCCGAGGAAGUUUGUGAAGUGUGUGCACUCAACUGCGCAAGAACCAAAACCAAACCCUCUUUCUGUCUAUUUUUAGGCCAUUCAAGUUCUUGCAAUGGAACAGAAGAUGAGUUGGGCAGUUUCAGAUGCUGUGGACUACAAAGGGUUUUCUGCAGACAGGUCCAAAACUGGUGGUUGGGUUCCUGCUGCUCUCAUUCUUGGAAUAGAGAUAUGUGAGAGGCUGUCGACGAUGGGAAUAGCAGUAAACCUUGUGACGUACUUGGGUGGCACCAUGCACUUGCCGAGCUCGACCUCGGCCAACAUCGUCACCGACUUCAUGGGCACCUCCUUCCUGCUUUGCAUGCUCGGCGGCUUCCUCGCCGACUCUUUUCUCGGCAGAUACAGGACCAUCGCCAUUUUCGCCCUCAUCCAAACUUUGGGCACGGCCAUGCUAGCAAUAUCAACGAAGCUCUCACGGCUCCGCCCUCCUCCGUGCCGACCCAACCGCCCAUGCGAGCAAGCUGAUGGCCUCCAAAUGGGGAUCCUCUACUUGGCCCUCUACCUCGUGGCCCUCGGCACCGGCGGCCUCAAGUCCAGUGUCUCGGGCUUUGGGACAGACCAGUUCGACGACAAGGACCAGAAGGAAAAGGCCCAGAUGGCCUAUUUCUUCAACCGGUUCUUCCUCUUCAUCAGCGUGGGGACGCUGACGGCAGUCACCGUGCUCGUGUACGUGCAGGACGAGGUCAGCCGGAGCGUUGCCUACGGGGCGUGCUCGGUCGCGAUGUUCAUCGCGAGCCUCAUGUUCUUAUCGGGGACGAGGAGGUACAGGUACAAGAUGUGUUUGGGGAGUCCCAUUGUGCAGAUAAUGCAAGUCGCGUCGGCUUCGAUUAAGAAGAGGGGCUUGGAGGUUCCGUACGAUGUUGGGUGCUUGUACGAGGAUGUCCCUGAAGGGUCUAGGAUUCGUCACACUGAUCAAUUUCGGUGCCUGGACAAGGCUGCUGUUGUUGCCGAAGGCGACUUCGUGAAAGGCGGUCAUAAUUCUGCACCAAAUCCAUGGAAGCUCUGCUCGGUGACAAGAGUGGAGGAAGUGAAGAUGAUGAUAAGCUUGCUUCCGGUCUGGGCCAUGACGAUCAUAUUCUGGACAACAUACGCGCAGAUGAUCACGUUCUCGGUGGAGCAAGCUUCGACCAUGGAGAGGUCCAUUGGGAGCUUCCAAAUCCCAGCCGGCUCGGUCACCGUGUUCUUUGUGGUGGCUAUCAUGAUCACUCUUGCUGUUUAUGACCGGUUUAUCAUGCCUUUGUGGAAGAAAUGGAAAGGAAAACCAGGUUUCUCCAAUCUACAAAGAAUUGCAAUCGGACUCGUUCUUUCGACUUUAGGAAUGUUAGCUGCCGCGAUAACUGAGCGGAAGAGACUAUCUGUCGCUGCAUCUGUUGGCCGCGCUACCGCCACCCUACCAGUGAGCGUAUUCCUAUUGAUUCCACAGUUCUUCUUGGUAGGCUCCGGUGAGGCCUUCAUAUACACGGGCCAGCUGGACUUCUUCAUAACUCAAUCGCCCAAGGGCAUGAAGACCAUGAGCACCGGGCUCUUCCUCACGACCCUGUCACUCGGCUUCUUUGUCAGUAGCUUCCUUGUCUCCAUCGUGAAGAAGGCGACAAGCACGGGCGCGGGGCAAGGAUGGCUGGCGGAUAACAUCAACUAUGGGAGACUCGAUUGUUUCUACGGAUUGCUCGCGGUGCUGAGCCUAGUGAAUUUUGUCGCGUAUCUUGCCUGUGUAGCUUGGUACAAGCCAGAAUUCCAUAAACCCACUUUGCAGAUGGAGAAGAUUGGCAACGGGUCGUCCAUGGAGGAGAAGGUUUGAAGCGUGCUUAAGUUUAUGAACGCUUGGAAUGUCAGUGAUCAUGUUGAUGCACAUUAGGGAAAAGUGAGAUUGGGGUUGGACAUACUUUUCACUUUUGGUUUUAACUGGUCGUGGAAUAGUUUUGAUUUCAUGUUGCCUUUAUCUUUUUCUCUAGGUAAGUACUCUAACUUCCUAUUCUUGCAUAUGUUUCA